AUGGUCAAGACACCCGAAUCAACAGCCUGGCGCCGUUCAGUCUACAUCCAAGGACCCAUCAAACUGCCCACUCCGGCCGUGGUACCUCGAAAAGGCAGCAUCGCCACCCUUGACCCCUUCCAAGAUGUGCUCGGCAAUGUCGCUGUCCCACGCCGCAAAUCUGAAGACACUGCCACCGAUGACAUUUGCGAGUGGUACGACACCUGGCAGCACGAUCCCGUCUCUUUCGCUUUAGACGAAUUUACUCUCGACGACACUGAUCUUGCAACCACAUGGGCCAUGACUCCACUCAAUGAAGAGCCAGAAAGUCCUAUUGAUCGCAGUGUGCGCUUCCCCUCGCCCGCACCGCCACUGGCCAAACAAGUGGCAGCCGCCAUGCUCGAUCCAGGCACCUUACGCCCCGAGUCUCAAGCCAUCAAGCCACGCCCUCGCAUGUCUGUCCCUUUGACACCCCUUCCCGAACUCCCCAAGACACCUUCUGUGCCAAGCAGCGAGAAAGGUCACAGCAGAAACAGCAGUGGAGAAACUUCCUACAAGAGUUCAAACAGCGAUCCUAUCAAGCGCACUGAUAGUAGAGGCAGCGGAUUGAGCGGAGUAAGCUCUGUAGAGGAAAAGAGUUGGUUCGAUGCAGAGAGCAAAACAGAGACCGAUAAGGAAAAAGGAGAGAAAGUGUGCAAGGAACUGAACAGUUGGAGGCGAAACCUAAGAUGA